AUCUGAGAAAUUCAGAGCUGCCUUUUCAAAUUAUUUCAUGCAGGGUUUUGUUCUCCACCUCCCCUAAGCAAAUCUAGUUUCAGCACCAGCACUAGGUGUGUGUUACUAAAGCAUGCCCCAGUUAGCUGGGAUGUGAAAGAAGAGAUCAAUUGUUUUAAAAUAUCCUUUUUUCCCCAUGGGCUCUUCCUUUCACCCUUUAUUUUCUAAAAUCAUCUAUGUACUCACUGCUGGCAGAUUUUAUGCUUAAAGUGAGUAGCUAAUGCUUGACUCGAGAAGAAAGGAUGAAAUAAAAUAGACUUACAACUUCACCAAAGGAGCUGUGCAGAGGAGGAGAGUGCUGGACAUGCGUUCCCAGCGAAGCAUCCCCUACUGGGAAGUACCUGUGGUUUAGCUGCUCCUGGAUCUGCAGCCAGUCUUGGUGCAGCCUGUCUUCUGCCUUAGCUGUGCUUUGACACUACACUGGUGGAGUCAUUGUACAGCGCAGUUGGCAGAUUCCUUUUAUGAUUUUUAUGUGAAGUUAUAGUUUAAAUUCUAGACAAGCCUGCAAAAUAGCAAAAUAAGACUAGUAUUGCAUUGAUUAUUUAGAUUUUUGAACUUUUGGGUCAACCAUCUAACAAUCCAAAGGAAUGUGUAUUUGUUUCCUGAAAGAAAGACCUACUGUGCUUUAUAGUCUAAGGGACUAUUUGUUUUAAUUAACAGUGAAAAAAAUGUGCACGUUCACCAUGCAGUAAGUGAUUAACUGCUCAAAUCUCCUUUGGAGUUUGGAUACAAUGGGAUGUUUCAGGUGUUGAUAAGAGGGGGUUGCAUGGAGACCGAGGCAGCGUUACAGCUCUGCCCCAGCAUCCAGCAGGGCUUGUUUGGGAGGCCACGCUUGGCUUCCCUCCAGAGCCCGCAGCCCGACAGUGGGCUCCCAACUGCGACCUCCUGCUUUUCCCCGCUGACACGGCUGUGCGGAUACACCUACCUUUGACCUCUCCUGGUUUGCUUUGUGGCAGUAAACACCCGAAAUUUGCUCAGCUAAUACAAUAGCCCUGUACUUUUUGACAGAAACGCCUGUGGUUAACCUCUGUGGGCUGCAUGCUGCAGUAAAAUGAAGGGUGGUAGAAGUUAAACAAUGGGUGUGACUACCACAAGAUGGGUGUUAGUGGGAAAGUGGUGUAACAUCCACUUAGCAUUCCAGAGAUGUGAAAUAUAAUUAUGAUUUAAAUGCCGAAGAUGUAAGUUGCAAGAUGAGUAACUCCAAGGACAUGAAAGCCUCCCUUAUCUUCCUUUCUAUCCCACUCAGAAUCAUUUUGCACACCCACAAAACUAAUACAAGUAGUGUCACUUGAUGAAAUUACACCUGAUACAUGACUUGUACCAUCACUUACAUUUCUGUCAGUGUGGGCUCUGUUUAUACCAAAGGAAAAAUUCCAAUCUCAUUUACAACAUUUAAAGUUGGAAGUAAUUUUGUUCUCAGUGGAAUUACUCCCUAUUUAUACUCCUACUCAGAUCAGAAUCUGACCCAGGCUUUGAAUUUUGUCUUAUUUGUUCUCAUCCUUUCCUGUCAUAGACAGAAGUCCUCAAUCUGUGAAGGGCUCCUCAUACCUUCAUUUAUGUGUCUUUGCAGAAAUGGCUUAUGAACAGGUCUGUAACGUUAAGAAUUAUUGACUGAGCCCUGUGAGCAGCUGGUUGCUGAGUAUACAUGAAUAGCUGCUUAAUGUCUUUUACAUCAUCCAGCAUAUGUGGGAAGGAGAGCAAGAAUGCAGAAGUGCAGCCCAUGCCUAGAUGAGGGGCUACACAGUUCUGUAGCAAUUGCAGCAUAGAGAAGUUAAAGAACAAAAGACAGGGGGAAGCAGUGACUUUUCAGAUACAUGUACAUCUGUGCCUUCAUGUCUGACUGAUAUCACUGCCUGAAAUGGAGCUCUAGAGUGGAUAAAGUGAAGCAUUUACUCCAAAGUGUUUGAUGAGAUGACACUAGCAACUCGACAAGAAGUUCUUGGCCUUUACCGCAAGGUUUUGCAAAUAGCCAAGAACUGGCAGUCGGCAUCAGGGCAGAUAGAGGAAACCAUGAGAGAGAAAGAGUACAUUAGAAAUGAAGCCAGAACAUUAUUCCGAAAAAACAAAAACGUAACAGAUCCAGAGCUGAUUAAGCAGUGCAUAGAAGAAUGUGAGGCAAGAAUAGAAAUUGGACUUCAUUAUAACAUCCCCUACCCGAGACCUAUCCAUCUGCCUCCUAUGGGCCUUGCCCAUAAACAAGGCCGUACAUUGCGACACCAGGAAAAGUUAAGGAAGAUUUCUAAGCCAAUAUACCUGAAAUCCCAUGAUGAAGUUUCAUAGGCCACCAUUUAAGCUGUGAUGUGUAAUCACAUCCUUUAAACUGUGAACUGCAAUCCAGGUGAUUUGUGUGCACGACUGUGAAUGGUGUGGUCACUUGCUCACACAUUUCCUGAUGCCAAAAAGCCAAUUGAUCCAUUGUGCAUGAUGGAUAAGGUUGGUUUAGUAUUUAUUACAUUUCAACCACUGACUUGUCAAUAAAGGUAACACUUUUUAAGGACUGAGGAGUGAUACAAAGUUUACUUUGACAUCAGGACAAACUGCAGCAGGAUUUCAAACUCUGUCUGUAAUAGGGUUCUCUGUGCUCAGUUGUGACUCAAGACAGUGCCUUGUGUAAGGUCAGCCAAAAUCCAAGAAGUCUGGGACAGUCAAGCACAGUUCCUCCAGAGCUUCUGAAUGCCAGUAGGAAUACAGUCACUGCACCUUGUACCUGCUCUCCUUCCUCUCUGCUCCCUGCUGUCCCUGGAGGAGAAUUCCAGUUUCACAAUACCCUUAUGGGGAAGUUUAGUUUCUGGACAGUAGAAAAGAGCAGUAGUGCCACUACUCCUUUUCCUUUAGGCAAACUGCAGAGGAGUGGCCUAGAGUCCCUAUGUCAGCUUUUUUCUCCCUUCCUUUGGAGAGGGUGUGGAUGUGAAAUGCAAAGUUUGGAAUGCUAUUACACAAGUCUGAGUAAAACAUUCCAGUGUUGGGUUCCUCAAGUUCCCAUGUAUGGACUGGAUGAAAACUAUGCCUUUAGGAUAUCACUAUGGGAACAAGCUUAGGAUGCUUUGGUGUCCUCACUGGCUGUUUUCAGAUGGUCAGCUUUUCAGCAUAAUCAGAACACUGGCUUUCUCAACUAUUAUUUUAAUUUUAGUGCUGGGUUUUAACUCUUAUGGACAGAACCCUAAAUUUAAUAAAAGAAAGUAUCUACAAGUCUCUUAAGUUUAAGGGGUAUUUCUGUUUCCCAGGUGCCUCAUGAAUAGAAGUAAAAUGAAAUUAAUUUUCCUUUCACGGGCUACCAGUUGUUUUGGCUCCUUUGCAGUCCUCUGACUUUAGCAGGCUAUUGACAUGUUCUUUUCAGGGAAGUUAGGGGAGCCUUCCAUCCUUUAGGCUGAAAAUACCAGUGAGACCAAACUUGGACAAGAGCCACACUGUGUUGUACACUACCUAAGACAGUCCACAGCACUUCAAGGACAACCUAUUCCAGCCUGACAUUAACAGUGGCAAAAUAAAGCAAAUUUGAAACAUG